AUGUCUCUCUGCACAUUAGCACGAAAGACCCCCACGCCGCUGAGCUGGGCCUCACGGACACGGACAGUAACCGUCAUGCCUUUGCGCGCAAGGAUUACAAAUCCUGCUUGGAGGACCGGCACGAGGAUGUACUCAACACCGACCGAGGACCUGAUCAACCCCCAGAAGGAUGACGACCCCGACGAUGUCAUCUUCACCAACAACUACGGCGUGCGCAGCAUCGAGCUCAACCGACCGAAGAAGCUCAACUCCCUGAACGGCUCCAUGGCGCGCAAGAUCAUCCCUAGGCUGCAGGAGUGGGCCAAGUCGGAACUGGCCGGUGUAGUCAUCAUCAAGGGCUCAGGCCGUGCCUUCUGUGCAGGAGGAGACGUCGCAGCGCUCGCACAGUGGAACAAGACAGGCGCUGAAGGACAGCAAAAGAGCUCGGACUACUUUGGACUGGAAUACAAGCUGGACCACCUGAUCGCGACGUACACAAAGCCCUACAUCGCCUUCAUGGACGGUAUCACCAUGGGUGGGGGUGUCGGCCUGUCCGUCCACGCACCCUUCAGGAUUGCAACCGAGAACACCCUCUUCGCCAUGCCUGAGACGACAAUUGGCUUCUUCCCGGACGUUGGCGCAUCCUUCUUCCUGCCGCGCAUGGAAGGUGCUCUUGGAACAUACCUUGCCCUCACCUCUGAGCAGUUGAGAGGCGUCGAUGCCUUCUACCACGGCGUCGCAACCCACUACGUCCACUCCUCCACCCUGCAGCAACUGGAGUCGCGUCUUGCCGAGCUUCAAUUCCCCGACUACAUGGAAUUGAACGACCGCUUCAAGAUCAUCAACGCCACCAUCGAAGAGUACAGCACCGGUCUUCCCGCUGACAAGCCCGCCAUCUCUGGUGAGCUCCGCAGAGUUGUUGACCGCGUCUUCCACGUCGACCAGCCGAACAUCAAGGCCAUUCUCACUUCUCUCCAGGAAGUCGCCAACGAUGAGAAAGCAUCCAAGCCCCUCAGCACAUGGGCCAAGAAGACCAUCGAAACUAUCGAGACCCGCUCCCCCACCUCGGUCGCUGUUACUCUCGAGCAGAUGCGAACCGGUCGCCAGUGGUCCAUCGCCCAGACCUUCCAGAAGGAGUACGAUAUCGCCUCGUCGUUCAUGGCGCACCCCGACUUCGUUGAGGGUGUGACCGCAAAGCUGAUUGAGAGAAAGAAAGAGCGCCCGAACUGGCAACCAAACACUCUCGGCGAUGUCAACAUGAAGGACGUUCACGCCUUCUUCGUCGGCAAGAAGAAUGGCGAGCAGCUGCCCCUGAUCACAGGUGCGGAUUACAACGAGUACCCGCAUGCGUGGAUUGGGUUGCCAAGGGAGGAGGAGAUUUUGAGCGAAAUGAGCGGCAAGAAGGCUGAUGACGCUCUUGCGAGUCUGCUCGAGAAGUACGAGGGCAAGCAGGGUGUACGAGAGAAGGUCGCCGAGGUUUUGGCGCGACACUCGUAG